GCUAUGUCGAAACAGGUUUCACCAUUUAUAAAAUUCUUUCUGUUAAACUGGUAUAACAUGAACUAAUAAACAGUGGCCCUGUUUACUAAAUUUUGAUUAAUAUUUUUUUCGUGAAAAAGACAGUUUAUUAUCAUUUCAUUCUCAGAAUAAGAUCAACAGACUUUGAAAUGGCAGAAUACCGAAUGAAAACAGUUUUUCGACACCUUAACUCGGGUGGUAAUGGGUCCAAUAGAAUACAUGCCUUUGGACAAAACAACUUCCUUACUGAGAUCUUAUCCCAGAAACAACAGUUUAUUUACAGUCUACCUAAUGCCAAGUUAACAGCAGAACAGAGGCAGUUCUAUGAAGAAAAUGGGUUUCUGAUUGUUCAGAAUCUGGUGUCAAAAGAAAACUUGCAGAUUUAUGGAGAGAGGUUUCAAGACCUCUGCGAUGGAAAAAUCAAGGUUCCAGGUUUGACAAUGAUGAGGGACAUUUCUUAUAAAGAUCAUUAUACCAAUGAGCAUGUGGUGAAUAAAAUCCAGGACCUGUUUCUAGAUGAAGUGCUGUUUGAUUACUGUAGACUUCCAGAGGUUCUAGAUUAUGUUGAAUGUUUCACUGGCCCAAACAUCAUGGCCAUGCAUACCAUGUUAAUAAACAAGCCCCCUGAUUCUGGUACUUUGUCUUCCCGACAUCCUCUGCACCAAGAUCUACAUUAUUUUCCUUUUCGGCCAGCAAAUAAGAUUGUAUGUGCAUGGACAGCAAUGGAGCCUGUAACAAGAGAAAACGGUUGUUUGGUAGCAAUUCCGGGAUCUCACAAGGGAAAACUGGUGCAGCAUGAUUAUCCAGACUGGGAGGGAGGUGUGAACAAAAUGUACCAUGGGAUCAGAGGCAUGAAAAAAUCUGAAAUGGAAAAACGAACCUACCUAGAAAUGGGUGCCGGAGACACCGUUUUUUUUCAUCCAAUACUUAUUCAUGGAUCAGGAGCCAAUAGGACCAAUGGGUUUAGAAAAGCUAUUUCCUGCCAUUAUGCAGCCUCAGAAAGUGAAUAUAUAGAUGUACGAGGCACAUCUCAAGAGAACAUAGCAGAAGAAGUUAUUCAGAUUGCAAAAAAACUGGGAGUCGAACUAAGAGAUUACAAAGAUGCCUGGCAUCUUCGAGGUCAGCUCGUACGUGGGAAGCAAGUUAAUCUGUGAUUACCCGGAAAAUGACAAAAACAUCUAUUUUGUGUUUUUCAUCUGCUAAUUACAUAAUUUUUAAUUGAAAUAUUUUUAUCUUUUGUUAUUUGGCUACGGCUAUCUUAAAGUCAAACUUAAAGUAUGACCCGAAAGUAGUCAUUUUAAAAAUUGUCAUCCUGACGUCUUAAUUAGUGAGUAACACAGACCAGUUUUGUUUGGAAAUUGUAAACUUUUUAAACAUUCUUCACAUUAAUGUAGAAUAUUUAGAAGUUAUUUAGUGAACAUUACACAAGAGAGGAACAUUGUUGUUGAGGAAAUUUGUAAACUAGAAUUUCACCUGAAAUACUAUUUAGUUUUAUAUAACGUAGUAAAUACUGGACUAAAGAAAUCUUUCUGAUGUGUAAAAAGGAUUUGAACUUGAAAAACACUUCACCAAAGGUUUGGCUCAGGACUUUUUAUACAACAACACAACUAGCAUGGACAACUCCUGGUGGAUAAAUUGAUAGUUCUUCUGAACAGCCUGCAUUAGGUUUGUUUGUGAGUGGUUCAUCUAAUGGAUUAUGGGAAGUCUCUUAGGUGCACUUUUCCAUUCUGUGUGUUAUGUCGGAGUCAAUGAUCGUUAUGAAAUAUGAGAUGUAUUUCUUGUGUUUUUAAUUUGACAAACACUCUGUUACCUGAAACAUUAAUUUUUACUUUCUUAAUGUUAAUAGAUAUCUAAACAAAUACUUGUGUUAAUUUUGUUAAAUGGUUAUCUUGCAUCAAGUUGCUGGACAAACAGAAUAAUAUAUUAUAGUUUGUAGCUUCUGUAGAAAAGUAGUCAGAACUUUUAAGUAUUCUUGAGGCUGUUUUCAACAGGUGUUUUUUAUUGUGGUUAGUAUUUUAUCAUGGCUAUCUACUAAAAACUUGUUACACUUUGUAAAACUUGUGCUUAUAUAACUUAUAGCUAAUUCUGACUGUAGCCAGAAACAAUGGAGUAACAAAACCUAAAACUGGUCAACCAUAAACAUCAGUGUCUUUCAUGAGACCUAUUUACUGUAGUAAAUGGGGAAAUAUGAACUGAAAACGUUUAGUUUUGUAUGUUACUAUACACACUAUAACUAUGAAAAUAUGGUAAAGUCUACUGAAAACGUUUUUCAAUUUGAAACUUACUAACCAUAGUUAUGUCAGAACUAAAUAUUCCAAACAUACUUCAGUUAUAAGGUUUGUUAAGCAGAGUGAGGUUUCACUGGCAGCUAAUCCAACCUAUUGUACAAUUUUAUCAUGAUGAGACAGUUUUACAUAAUGGUUAACUACUUCUAUAUAUGAACUCAACAUAAGGCAACAUUAAAUGUGAUUUAUCAGUUACUUGUGUAUUAUUCAACCAUUUAAAUGCCACUGAAAUCAGAUAUAGAUAUACGAGUUUCACUUGAAUAAAA